AUGCAGAAGGUCAUCCAAAGGACGGCCUCGGCCAGAAAGCAGGCCCAGAAGAAGCUCUUCCGGGCCAAGCAACAGGAAUCAUUGGUGGAUCGCAAGGACACAAUUCGAACGCGAAAGGAAUACAACCGGGCUCUGAUCGACAACCUCAAGGAAGCUCGGAACGCCCGCUGGGAGGACUGGCAGAAGGGAGAGCUGGCCCCGAAGCGUGAUACUGGACUCGAAGCUACAACCUACGGUGCUCUUGAUCCUGCCUUGAUGCACCCACCGCGCAUUCCGCAACACCUCCGCCGAAAGCACACCCUCUUCGCACCCGGAGAUCGAGUCUGCGUUAUUCGCGGUCGGGACCAGGGCAAGAUUGAAGAGGUCACCCAGGUUAACGAGGAAAGCGAGACCCUGCUGAUCAAGAACGUCAAUGAGGCCGAUAUCAAUGUUCCCGAGUGGGCCAAGGCUUCAAUGGGAAUCAAGAGCGACGUUCUCGCCCAAAACAUGCCAGUGCCAAUGGACGACGUUCGACUUGUCUUCGCCAUGACUGACGGGAAUACCACCAAAGACUACAUUGUACAACACGCCCAUGUCGGAAGGCCGUAUACCGAGCGACCCCGUUGGAGUAAAGUGCCCAAAUACACUCGAUAUGUCUCCGGCCUGAACAUUCGCAUCCCUUGGCCUACCGAGGAGGAGCCGCAGUACGAAGAUGCAGCAUCCGACACAACACGAAUGGAAGUCGAAGAAAGCACUUGGGUGCCUUCCUUGGAUAACUCGCCUUUCCCCUCUACCAUCAUUGACGAACUGCGCAACAAGUACUCUCGAUUCCGAACACGCCACGACGAGGAGUACGUGCGGGAGAAGGUCAUGGAAGAAUACCGCCAGGAAUACCUUUCCCAGCAGGCUAUCUUGACGCCCGCUGGUGAGUUGAAGAAGAUGAAGGUGGAGCAGAGCAUCCAGGCGAGACAGGCGCGGACAGAUGAGGAUGGCAACUUGAUGAUGGAUUCGGAGACCACCAACUUCAUCGAGCGCUUCAUGAGCCAGAAUGCGGCCUCCAAGAAGGCAGGCAAGGCCAAGCAGACUGCUUGA